CGUGGUCAAGUUUCACGUGUGUUGCUAAUUUAAUUUGCUUGUUCGCGAUCGGAUUUCACACAAAAAGUAUUUAAAUUUUUAGCAUGAGUUUUAGAGGAAGAGGUUCAGGUAGAGGAGGGGGAGGCGGACGAGGAAAUUUUGGAGGAAGGGGAAGAGGCAGAGGUGGCUACCAAGGAGGUUCUUAUGAUUCGGGUCCUCCAGAAAAAGUUAUAGAGAUAGGCCACUUCACACAUUCCUGUGCAGAAGAUUUGGUAUUAAAAGCCACACAGGAAAAUGUACCAUAUUUUAAUGCUCCUAUUUAUUUGGAGAAUAAGCAACAAAUAGGAAAAGUUGAUGAAAUAUUUGGGCCAAUCAAAGAUUAUUAUUUGUCUGUGAAGUUAUCAGACAACAUGAAGGCAUCGUCUUUUACAAAAAACACAAAGCUUUUUAUAGAUCCAAUGAAAAUGCUACCCCUAGCAAGAUUCCUUCCACGACCACCUGGUGAAAAAGGAGUUAAAAGUGCUGGGAGAGGCAGGGGUGGUGGUGGACCAAGAGGCGGUUUUCGAGGUGGUAGUGGGCGAGGCAAUCGAGGAUUUCGUGGUGGUGGCGGCGGCGGCGGUGGUAGUGGUGGUUAUUCAAGAAGUGGCUCUAAUAGAGGUGGAGGAUUUAGAGGCAGAGGUUCACGAAAUUAGAUAAAUUUUUAGUAAAACUUGUUUCUUAUUUCUGUUGCAACAUUCUUUGUAUUUGUUUAUAUGACAAUAUAUCCAAUUACACUACAGUUUUUUUAAUGUUAAUGAUUUCUGUUCGUAGUGGAUGUUGGGUGUUACAAAUGAUUACUCUCUCAAAAUAAAUGGUGGUGUAGGAAAAAUUGCUAGUAAAAAAUUAAUUUAUCAUUCUUUAAGCUAUUUCUGUUGCUUUUAACAUAUGUAUUCAUGUUAUGUAUUUUAAAUUAUAUAUAAAUAUAAUAAAUAUAUAGAGAGAGAGAGAGAUAAGGGUUGUACAUCUGACAGUAGUCGGAUUUGCAAGCAUAAAUUCAACUGGAGCUGAAGUUAUAUUUUAUGCUGUAACUUGUGACUAUGGCUUUAUUAGCUUGCCUACGAUAGUCUCUAACCUUGUUAUAUUACAUACAUUGUUAUCAGUAACUUAGUAAAUUAACAUAAUUUUAUUAUUACAAUGCAAAUUAUUACCUC